UCCGUACCAGUCAGUCCAGCAGGACAAUCACGAGAAAUUAAAAUGCUUUAGCUUAGCUUUAGCUUCCCUUUCUGUCGAUUAGCUCCCCCCCGACUGCUUUCGGGCGAAGUUGGGGGGUGGGGAUGCUGCCGCUGCCGUCACCGCUCCCUCCCCCACCAAGGUCCUUCCCCCUGACUCCACCGCUUCGUAAUCAGAAUCUCAUCAUCCCGAAGAACCCAUCACUCCAAUUCCCAACUCAUUCACUUACUCCCUCCCUGGAACUCAUAUUCCAUCUUUAUUAAUACCCUUCUUCCCCUUUCCCUUUCUUUAUUGCAUAAACCUUCUGGUCCCUCCUCUUUGUUCUUAAGCUUGCACCCAUCACCAAUAUCAUGGAAGCUGAUCCCAUGGACGUUGAUGUUCCUGAUCACGAUGACCCUUCUCUUCCCUUUGCCAGAAGUUAUCAAGUGGAGGCACUCGAAGUGGCUAUCAGGCAGAACACCAUAUCCUACUUGGAAACUGGGGCUGGCAAAACACUCGUAGCCAUCAUGCUUCUUCGUUAUUAUGCACCGUUUCUGCGCAAGCCUUCUCCCUUCAUCGCCGUUUUCUUGGUUCCUCAAGUUGUUCUGGUCCGCCAGCAAGCUGAGGCUGUUAAAACCCACAGUGACUUGAAAGUGGGUACUUACUGGGGAGAGAUGGGUGUAGAUUUCUGGGAUGAAGCUAUUUGGAAGCAAGAAAUUGACAAAUAUGAGGUGCUCGUGAUGACGCCUCAAAUUCUGCUGAAUUGCUUGAGACAUAGCUUUGUAAAACUUGAGUUUAUCAAGGUUUUGAUACUUGAUGAAUGUCAUCACACCAGUGGUAAGCAUCCUUACGCCUGCAUCAUGACGGAAUUCUAUCACAAGCUGACCUGCAACACCUCUGACCUUCCAAGGAUAUUUGGGAUGACAGCUUCACUCAUAAAAUCAAAAUGUGGAACAUCCGAAUCAGACUACUGGGAAAAGAUAAAAAAGCUCGAGUCAAUGAUGCAUUCCAAGGUUUACACGUGUGUUAGCGAGUCUGCUAUUGCAAGAUAUGUACCAAUUUCAACCCCCAAAUUCAGGUUUUAUGAAGCUUUAGAUGUACCAGGUGAUCUAGUUGCUCGUUUACGGUUUGAUCUGAACAACUUGAAAACAAAGCAUGAGAUUUCAUUGGAUCAGUUGGAUCUUACUGCAACUUCCUCAGAAUCUGCGAGGAAAAAACUGACCAGAACUUGUGAUGCCUUGCUCUACUGUUUAGAUGACCUUGGUCUCUUGUUGGCUUUCAAGGCUGCCAAAUAUCUGUCUUGCUGUGAUAGUGACUUUAUGAUACUGGAUAAACUGGAUGUCUUUGGUGACCGAGUUGUUCAAAAGUUCAGUGCAGAUGCAUCAAUGGCAUUUCAAAGUUGCAUCUCUACUGAAUGGACCAUUGGCUGUGAUGCAAGCACUCAUGUCAAGUCUGGAUAUCUAACUGCCAAAGUGGCUUAUCUUGUUCAGUGUCUGCUGGACUACAGGCAUUUCAAGGAUAUCAGAUGCAUCGUGUUUGUGGAAAGGGUCAUUACAGCGGUCGUUCUUCAGUCACUAUUGAGUGAAGUUCUUCGUGAACACAUUAGUUGGAAGACUAAGUACAUAGCAGGAAACAACUCAGGGUUACAAACCCAGACCAGAAAAACACAAAACGAAAUCGUGGAAGAAUUUCGCAAAGGCACGGUUAAUAUUAUUGUUGCUACCUCAAUUCUUGAGGAAGGGUUGGAUGUCCAAAGCUGUAACUUAGUUAUUAGAUUUGAUCCCUCGGCUACUGUGAGUAGCUUUAUCCAGUCACGAGGUCGUGCUAGAAUGGAGAACUCGGAUUAUGUGCUAAUGCUUAGAAGUGGCGAUGUUUCCCGACAAUGCCGACUAGAGAAAUAUCUCUCUAGUGGCGAGAUAAUGCGAAGCGAGUCCCUACGACAUGCUUCAAAUCCUUGUCCUCCUCUUGGAAGUGAAUUCUAUGACGAGAAGAUUUAUCGGGUUGAAAGCACUGGUGCAGUUGUGACUUCCACUUCUAGCAUUUGCUUGAUACACUUUUAUUGCUCUCGUCUUCCUUCUGAUGGGUACUUUAAACCAGCUCCUCGCUGUGUAAUAGACAAAGAAGCAAGUCGUUGCACUCUCUACCUUCCAAAGAGCUGCCCACUGCCACCUGUUUCUGUGGAAGGAGACAUUAAGUCAUUGAAACAGAAAGCAUGCUUUGAAGCAUGUAUAAUGCUUCAUAAGAUUGGUGCAUUAACAGAUAAUCUUGUUCCAGAUACCGUUGCAGAAAAAUUGGUUGAUAGAGAAGUUGGGGAAGAAUGCUAUGACAAUGAACAUCCUGUUUACUUUCCACCAGAGGUUGUGCGCUUUCGCGAGGGUUGCAGCCAGCCGGGAAGCGGAAAAUACUAUUGCUAUUUGAUUAAACUAUCUCCAGAAUAUGACAGCGAGACUGCUGUCCAGGAUGUUGUCCUUGUCAUGUGCAGUGAACUUGACACAGAGAUCAUUAAUGCAAACUUCAGUUUAGAAGUUGAUAGAGGCACACUAAAAGCCACCUUGAGCUACAUCGGAUGUCUGGAUCUUACGCCAAUGCUGGUUAAUCUGUGCAGGAUGUUCCAGAUCACUGUUUUUAAUGUUCUUAUCCAUCACAGCUUGGAUAAGUUGAAAGGAAAGAUCCAAGCAUUAAAGCAUAGUGAUCAUCUGGAUUAUUUUGUGCUACCAGCUGCUGCUUCAGCAGAAAAAGCAAGCAUUGAUUGGACAUGCGUUAGAUCUGUUCUAUUUUCUCAUAAACAGGCGUGGGAGGAUCAUAAGAAGCACCCAUUGCAGUGCAAUGGUGCUUGUGGGUUCAUUACAACGGACGGACCAGCAUGCAAGUGCAUGCUUCAGAAUUCGUUGGUUUACACCCCUCACAACAGUAAACUAUAUUCUACACUUGGUAUUUCCAAUAAUUUGUCUGGAAAUUCCAUCUUGAACAUCCGCGACGGAGCAAGUCUCACUUACAAGGACUACUAUAAAUUACGGCAUGGCAUUGAGUUAGACUUUAGUCAGCAGUCAUUAGUCAGUGCAAGACAGAUAUUUCCAGUCCACAAUUGUCUUCUUAGAUGUAAACAACGACGAAAAGAAAAAGAAUCAAGAAAUGCUUAUGUGGACCUGCCUCCUGAGCUAUGUUGCAUACUUAUGUCACCAAUAUCUAUUAGUACCUUUUAUUCCUUCACAUUCAUUCCAUCAAUUAUGCAUCGCCUCGAGUCUUUAUUGAUUGCUUUGAACUUGAAGAAGAUGCAUUUGGAUAGCAGACAUAAUCUCGACAUUCCGUCAGAUAAGGUUCUGGAAGCUAUUACUACAAAGCAAUGCCAGGAGAAAAUCCACUUGGAAUCACUAGAGACUCUUGGAGAUUCUUUUCUCAAGUAUGCUGCCUGUCAACAACUGUUCAAGACCUACCAUAAUCACCAUGAAGGCCUUCUGAGUAUCAAGAAGGACAAAAUUGUGUCUAAUGCCUCACUUUUCAAGCUAGGAUAUGACAUCAAACUUCCAGGCUUUAUCCGUGAUGCGCCUUUUGAUCCUAAAACCUGGAUGAUUCCUGGUUUUAACAAGGAUGAGUACUCUUUAGGCGAGGAGUUGCUACCAAAUGGUAGAAAAGUAUUUGUGGUGGGAACAAGGAAAUUGAAAAGGAAGAAAGUGGCUGAUGUUGUAGAGGCCCUUAUUGGUGCUUACUUGAGCACAGGUGGUGAGACAGCAAGCUUACUGUUCAUGGAUUGGAUUGGUAUAAAGGUAGAGUUCAACAAUAGUCUUGCACGUGAGAGACAAUUCCAGGUGGAUCCUGAGAAGCUUGUAAAUAUCCGUCAUUUGGAGUCUCUGUUGAACUAUUCGUUUAAUGACCGAUCUCUUCUGGUCGAAGCAUUGACUCAUGGUUCCUACAUGCUCCCUGAGAUCCCAAGAUGUUACCAGAGGCUGGAAUUUCUUGGCGACUCGGUCCUGGAUUAUCUCAUCACCGUGCAUUUAUACAAGAAGUAUCCUGAUAUUUCACCAGGCUUAUUAACAGACAUGAGAUCGGCUUCCGUGAACAAUGAAUGUUAUGCUCAAUCAGCUAUUAAGAACGGGUUGCAUAAGCACAUCCUCCAUGCAUCACAAAAACUUCACAAGGACAUCAGUCGCUGCAUUUCAUACUUGAAGGAACUGUCUUCAGGGCCAAGUUUUGGUUGGGAAUCUGAGACUUCUUGCCCCAAGGUUCUUGGAGAUGUCAUAGAGUCAUUGGCUGGGGCGAUACUAGUUGAUUCAGGAUACAACAAGGAGGUAGUUUUCCGGAGCAUAAUGCCAUUGUUGGAGCCAUUAGUCUCUCCGGGAACACUAAGGUUAGAGCCAGUGAGGGAGUUGAAUGAAUUUUGUCAGAGAGAACAGUUUGUGCAGAGGAACCCUGUUGUCUCUCGUGAGGAUGGGUUGACGUCCAUCACGAUACAGGUCGAAGCUAAUGGUGCCAUAUUCGCGCACACAUCGAGCGCUGCUGAUAGGAAGACGGCCAAAAGGCUAGCUUCCAAGGAAGUGUUGAAGGCCCUGAAGGGAAAUGACGCUCGCCUCGCCUUCAUGGUGAAUGAGACCUGACGUGACGACAGACGGUUGUGCAAAUAUGUUUUCAUGUUCCCCAUCCUUCUUGCCUUGCUUGCCGAUCGAACUUGACUUAGGAUUGAUUAUAAACGUUGACAAUCGAUUAAUCAGCUUAAAUAUCUCAUUAAAAAUUAAGAAAAUGUUGUGUUUCAAUUGUCGUUGUGGAUAAAGAGUGCAGUUUUCG